AAUGGUACUUUCUCAGAUGCAAUUGCUAUUUUUACUAGUUCAACGAAGACAUUAGCCAACAAGGUAGUUCAAAAUUCUACAUUUUUUACAGCCAGUUUUACUGGCACAAGAAUAUUUCGUAAUUGUUCUACUUCAAUCCAAAAUUGA